ACCACGCCAACAGGUGGCUCCCGCAGCCGCUCCUCUGCUCUGCCUCGCCGUCUCUUGGCGCGUCUGCAGCUACAGCCCUGAGCGGAGCAGCGAGCGAGAUGACGUCCGUUCCCACCGCCUUGCACGCUUGCGCACUGCUGCUGCUCGCCGGUCACCUGAGGGUCGCCACCGCAUCCGUCCGGCCGCACAUCAUCUUCAUCGUCGCCGACGACCUGGGGUGGAAUGACGUCAGCUUCCACGGCUCUGACCAGAUCCCGACGCCCAACAUCGACGCGCUGGCCUUCAACGGCAUCAUCCUCAACAACCACUACGUGCAGCCCGUCUGCACGCCCACGCGAGCUUCCCUCAUGACGGGCAGGUACCCCAUACACCUCGGCAUGCAGGGGUACCCGCUGAUGGCGGCGGAGCCCCGCGGCAUGCCCGACGGCAAGAUCCUGCCGCAGUACCUCAAGGACCUGGGCUACGUGACGAGGGCCGUGGGCAAGUGGCACCUGGGCUACUACCGCAAGCAGAUGACGCCCACGUUCCGCGGCUUCGACUCGCACUUCGGCUACUACGGCGGCUUCGUCAGCUACUACGACUACAUCCUGCAGGAUGUCUACAACGGGACGCCGUACAGCGGGUUUGGCCUGCGGCGCAACCUGAGCGUGGCCUGGGACAAGGUGGGCCAGUACGCGACGGACGUGUUCACGGAGGAGGCGGUGAGCGUCAUCGAGCAGCACGACGACCGCGACCCGCUCUUCCUCUACCUGGCGCACGUGGCGCCGCACGCCGGCAACCGCGGGAAGCUGCUCGAGGCGCCGCAGGACGUCAUCAAUCGCUUCCCCUACAUCCCGGACCCCGACCGCCGAACAUACGCAGCGAUGAUCGCCAAACUGGACGAGUCCGUGGGGCGCGUGAUGACAGCGCUGCAGGCUCGAGACAUGCUGGACAACUCCAUCGUCGUCUUCAUCUCGGACAACGGCGCGCCCACCAUCGGCACCUACCCCAACUGGGGCUCCAACUGGCCACUCCGAGGGGUGAAAGAGACGCUGUGGGAGGGUUCGGUGAAGGGCGUGGCGCUCAUGUGGAGCAACCUGCUGCACCAGACGCCACGUGUUUCCCACCAGCUGAUGCACGUGUCCGACUGGCUGCCCACCCUGUACUCCGCCGCUGGCGGUAACACGCUGGACCUCGCGAGGAACAUGGACGGCGUGGACCAGUGGGACAGCCUGCUGUACAACCUGGUCUCGCGGCGCGACGAGGUGCUCAUCAACAUCGACGAGAAGACGCGCAACGCCGCCAUCCGGCUGCACAACUGGAAGCUCGUCAUAGUGUCUGGGGAAAAGAAGAUGGACAAACUACUGGCUGCAGUUUGGGUGGUCGCCUUCGUGGUGCUGGAAGCCAGUACCAGAGUCGUAGGUGACUCCGCGUCGAAACCUCCCAACAUCAUCUUCAUCGUUGGGGAUGAUCUGGGAUGGAACGACGUGAGCUUCCAUGGGUCGGACCAGAUCCCGACGCCAAAUAUCGACGCCUUGGCCUACCACGGUGUGAUCCUCAACAGCCACUACGUACAGCCCGUGUGCACGCCGUCGAGAGCUGCCCUCAUGACUGGGAAGUACCCCAUUCGCACGGGUAUGCAGGCCCACGUGAUAGGAGCCGCUGACCUGAGUGCCCUACCGGCAGGCAAGAUCCUGCCGCAGUACCUGCAAGACCUCGGCUACGUCACCAGGGCGAUCGGCAAGUGGCACCUGGGCCAUCACGCCAAGAACUACACUCCGGCAUACCGCGGGUUCGACACACACUUCGGCUACUGGAAUGGCAUGGUCGGCUACUACGACUUCGUAGUUCAGUCUGGCGAUAUGAACGGCUACGACAUGCGCGACAACAUGACGACGGCGUGGCAGUACUCCGGCCAGUACGUGACGGACGUGUUGACGCAGGAGGCCGAGAGGCUCAUCGGCGACCACGACACGCAGAGGCCGCUCUUCCUCUACUUUGCCCACCUCGCCUGCCACUGUGGGAACGAAGCCAACUUGCUGGACGCGCCUCAGGAGGUCGUCAACAGAUUGAAUUACAUCUCCGACCCCAACCGCCGCCUCCUAGCAGCCGUCGUCUCGAAGAUGGAUGAAUCCGUGGGACGAGUUGUGGCUGCCCUGGAAAAACGAGACAUGCUGAACAACUCGAUCAUUGUGUUCGCGGCCGACAACGGCGCUCCUACAAGUGGAAUCCUUCCGAACUGGGGUUCCAACUACCCUCUCAGAGGGAUGAAGGGCACCCUCUGGGAGGGUGGCGUGCGGGGCGUGGCCGCAGUUUGGAACCCGCUGCUGCAGAACACGCCCAGGGUGUCCAACCAGCUGAUGCACGUCACCGACUGGCUGCCCACCCUGUACGCCGCUGCAGGAGGAAACGCAUCUUCCCUCCCAGAUGACCUGGACGGCGUCAACGUGUGGCCGGAGCUGGUGGCCGAUGAACUACACCCACGCACCGAGCUGCUCGUCAACAUCGACGAAAAGGCCGGCAACGCAGCCGUGCGGGUCGGCAAUUGGAAGCUCAUCAGAGGAACGCAGAGGGCAGAGGUGUACGAAGGAGCGAGCGGCUCAGAAGACGCGGCGUACACGCCCCCUUACGACGCCGAGCAGGUGUUGUCCAGCCCGGCGGGCCAGGCCCUCUCCAGCGCGCUCGGCAGCCCCACUCCAGCCGGGGACGUGCUGAGGCUGCGCGCGGAGGCAACCGUCUCCUGUCCAGACCGGCCCUUGGAGCCGUUGUGCUCCCUCCAGAACAACACCGAUUUCUGCGUCUUCAACAUCCUGGAGGAUCCCUGCGAAUCCGGCGACGGUGUACCUCCUGAAGACGUCCUCGCCACGCUGCUGGACCGCCUGGAGGCUCUGUCGCAACCGCUGGAGCCCCAGCAGGAGGGCGAGACGGAGCCCGACCUGGCUGACCCCAGGCGCUGGAACGGCACCUGGGUGCCCUGGACAGACUGCCUCGUCGACGAGACGGACGAGGCUUGCAAUGUCGUCUGAAGGGCACUGCAAAAAUUCAGCAGUUACUGAACUUACGUUUAGACUGUAAGGUGGUGCUCUUCCUAUUUAAAAUAUUUAUGCGACGUUUUGGGUAAUGUCACCAACAUCAGUGUCCAUACAGGGCGUCCUAGGAGGAAUGGCCAGUAUUCAAGGAUAUGGCACGAACGAUCAUUCGAAGCAAAAAAGUCUAGGAAACAAAGGCACUAAAAUGCAUACCUUAAGUGCUCUAAGCGCUUAUUCAUACUCGACAUUGUGAAACUGAUCUGUUCUAUCACAAGCUCUACGGUUUUCAUAUUUUGAGGGGGUGUACUGUGGAUCAGAACAAGAAAAAAAUUCCAGGAAUAAAUGCAGUAAAAGUUAUGAGAGCUUGUUCAUCUUCAGUAUUGUGAAACACAUAUCUUAUACUAACCACGCCCGGGUUCCCGGGUUCGAUUCCCGGCGGGGUUAGGGAUUUUCUCCGCCUCGUGAUGGCUGGGUGAUGUGUGAUGUCCUUAGGUUAGUUAGGUUUAAGUAGUUCUAAGUUCUAGGGGACUGAUGGCCAUAGAUGUUAAGUCCCAUAGUGCUCAGAGCCAUUCGAACCAUUCUUAUACUAAACAGCUGCUCGUAACUUUUGAGGUAUAAAUUUUAAAGCCUAUAUUUAUUAAACAGUUUUUCUUGGUUUGGUUGCUACCUCCUCCCAAAAUAUGGAAAGCCAGGAGCUUACAGUAGAGGAGAUUCGUUGCACAUUAUUGAAGAUGAAGAAGCCCUCUUAGCUCUUGAUGUAUGGAUUUUAAAGCCCAUGUUUACUAGACUGUUUUGCCUCGAACGAUCUUUUCUAUCAUUGAAUACUGACCAUUCCUUCUGGGAUACCCUGUAUAUCCGAUUCAAAGUCGCUAUGUUUCCGCUGAAGAUGUUGUCCUAUAAUAUUGCUUAAUAGACCUCUAUUCGUCACCAUUACGGGCACAGAACCUGUAUCUUAAACUAAAGGUCACAGGUUAUUCUCGUAUCACAUCGAAAGUUGACCUACCCUCAUUUCCGUGAAACAGUCUUUCCUCCUCAUCUUCUUCUUCUACUGCCUUCCCGUUUAGGAUUUUGGUAAACAUCAUAUCUACACCAUUUUUGCUUAUUUCAAAAAGUUUCUUGCUCGGGUGUGGAGUCUAUGUACUAAAGUUCCCAAGCCAUGAUCUUUUGUUUUCUCAUCGUCUUUUACCGAAUAUUUUUCCCCGUUACAUAGUUGAGAUACUGCAGUUUUCUACAUUUACCGUGGUCACAACGACAUUUUCUCAUUUUAUUUUGACAAGAAUGUCAUUAUUGCUACUGUUAUCUGUCCAUGAUACUCUCAGCAUCCCCCUUUACAGCUCUCGUAUACAUCUCAAAUGCCUCAAGCCGUUUGUCCGUUGUCUCGGUCACAGUCCAGUUGUCGGCUCCAUACAAAAGGGUAGGAAAAAUGUUGCAAGGUAGCAAUCUCAAUUUUGUAAAUAGUCUUCACGGGUUUGCCGCCGGAUCACGUUGUGCAAAUUCCACUAUAUUUCCUCGGAGCAACUGAUACCUAGCCACCAGUAAGGUAGAACCGCCUGAAUAUGUCGAACAGUUGCUCCGAGGAAAUAUUGUGGAAUUUGCACAGCGUGAUCCGGCAGCAAACCCGUGAAGACUAUUUACAACACAUCCGCCGGGAAAGCUUGAAGAAUCAAAUCUUAAUUUUGUUUCGAUUCAGAAAUAAUGGUUGUUGAACACAUUAAUCAUUUUGUAAAACAUGGCUUUCGGUCUCUCGGUACCGACUUAAUUUUCUUGCGGUUUAUCUCACUGAGUGUCAACGUUAGUUCCUCGAUAUGUGCAUUUGUUUACUUGUUCAAUUAGUUUGCCAUUAAUAUUUGGAUACAUAUUCGUGAGAGCAUCUUUAUUCCGUCGUUAUAACUACAAGGAAAAACGUUUUUUUCUCAGCACACGCUUUUCACUUUAUUGAGGUAAAGCAUCAUCAGUUGCCUGUAAUUAAUGAUAUUUACAAUCUGAAUUGGUUUUAAGAUCGAAAAACAGUUUGUUAAUAAGUUGUUGGUUUUCACGUACGAUAAUUUCUCCUUGGUUUCUCGCCUACAUAAACAUCAGGCAAAGCCUUAGGCUAGAACGUCUUCCGUUUCUUUCUUCAUUUGCAGGCUAAUUUUCCGUCUGCUUUGCAGAACUACACAUUUUUUUACUUUUUACGCAGCACACAUUUUCGUACACCGUUGUUUACUCUUUAUCUGUAUAUUUAUAAAUAUGUAUUGUGUUUUGUAGUGUUGCCAACAUUGCCACGAGUUUGUCUUUAACGCAUACAUUUUUGUAAUAAAAUAUAUGUGUUAUUCUAUUUCAUUA